AUGGGGAACGACACCCCCCAAUCAAGCCUCCUGGGCCAAAUUGGAUCUCUCACCACGUUGAGUGCCAUUGGCCUUUUCCUUGUCUCAUAUACAUUCUAUGCAAUUCUGCUCUAUGUAUAUCGUCUUACCCUUCACCCUCUGGCCAAGUUUCCCGGCCCCAAGCUUGCGGCCGCCAGCUUCUGGUACGAGGCAUACUAUGACUUGUGGCCAUAUAAGCAUCGCUACCUCUGGAAGAUCAAGGAGCUUCAUGACAUCUACGGCCCUAUUGUGCGCAUCAACCCGAACCACAUCCACAUCCAUGACCCAGACUACUUUGAUGACAUUUACGCCGGUGGUCGCCGCAAGCGCGACCGUGACACCUGGUACAUGCACGCAUCCAAGACUGGAACUAUGAGCUGGUCGCUCCUACAAUCCAUGGACCACGACUUGCAUCGUGUGCGACGCGCAGCCCUAAACCCCUUCUUCAGCAAGCGUGCUAUCCAGUCCUUGGAAGGUAUGGUAGUUGAGAAAGUCAAGCGCCUUGAGAGCCGGCUGGCAGCUUCUUUUGCCCGCGGUGAGGUGGUCAAUUUGACCAAUGCCACGGCCGCGCUGACCAUGGACGUCAUCUCGUCGUAUGCGCUUGGCGGCGACAUAGGUAAUCUCGGUCGCGAAGACUGGGGUUCAGAUUGGCUUGAGGCAUUCCGGACAGUGGGAUUGAUGAGACCCAUGGGAAGGCAGUUUAGCUGGUUCAUGAAUCCGCUGUUGAAUAAUCUGUCGCCGGAGGUUGUGAAGUGGAUUAGUCCUGAGACGGCGAAUCUCACCAAGAAACUGCAGUAUCCGAUUGAGAUUAUUCAGGUUGCCACGGAAGAACGUCGGAAGAAAGGUGGCAAUUCGAAAAAGGAGGGUCUGUUAUCUGCUAACUCGCGGACUAUCUUUCAGGAUAUUGUGAACAGUGACUUACCGGCGAGUGAGAAGACGCCGGAGCGACUCAAUGCGGAGGCUGGUCUCGCACUUGGAGCUGGAACCGAGACUACGGCCAGAAACCUGGCUGUAAUGAUCUAUUAUCUGUUGCAUAACAAGGAUGUCUUGGACAAGCUACGCGCUGAGUUGAGUACUGUCAUGCCGGCGGCUGAUUCGCCUGUUACACUGACGGAACUGGAGGCUUUGCCUUAUUUUUCGGCCGUCAUCAAUGAGGGUCUCAGACUAGCUCAUGGCGCCUCGAGCCGCAUGCCACGCAUCGCAACGGAAGAGGAACUUGUCUACAAGCAAUGGGUGAUUCCACGGGGCACACCUGUCAUGCAAUCCCUCUACCUCCACCACACAAACCCUCAAAUAUUCCCUGAGCCCUUCCGCUUCAAUCCACAGCGAUGGAUUGAUGACCCCAAGCUGAAGCCGCGAUAUCUGAUGGCAUGGGGACGGGGGUCGAGAUCUUGUUUGGGAAUCAACCUGGCACACGCGGAGUUAUACCUGACAAUCGCCCAUCUAAUCACGCGGUUUGAACUCGAGCUAUACGACACAAUCUGGGAACGAGACGUGGAAAUCUCCCAUGAUUGUUUCAUCGGUGUGACUGAUCUAUCGAGCCCUGGUAUCCGGGUCAAAAUUACUCGCGAUGCCUUGGGGGGUUGA